CACGCGCCUCGCUGUGAACCCUGUUCUUCUUCCCGGUGGUAUCGGGCGCACCGCACACCUUCUAACCUAUUUAUCGCGUUCGCAAUCUAUCGAUGCUCGUCGGGAGUGUCCUGGCCUGAUUGUACAGGGCCUCUGCAGCCGCAUCUUCCACGGGUCAUUGGCGAGACGACUGACACAACGAGCAAGGAACGACAUGGCCGCCACGGUAACGAACAAGAUAGGACUGUCCCUUAGCGCUGUACUGGUGUAUUGACAGCCCUAGCCCCAGCUUUGCCGAGCCUGAUGUCGCAGCGAAGCCGCACGCAAUUUUCCGCUUGUGGUUCACGAGGUCAAUUUGCAGCACAGGGCCUACAAAAAGGCAGCGCUCUUUCUGAACUAGUCAGACUCUGCUUUCUUAUCUAAAGGCAAACAGGUGUGUUUUUCUCGACCUUAAUCUACCAAAACCAUGUCGAACUUCCGUGCAUCCAAAUCUGGUCUUGCUGCCGAUAUCGAGAAGAAGCUCGAGGCAAAGCUGGACGAGCUGGAGGAGGAGGGUGUUCCACAAGCCAUCGUUGACUGGAUUAACGCUGUGCUCGACGAUCAAGCGGACGUGUGUGAAAGUGCCCACUGGAAGGACAUCCAUGAGUUUUUGAAGGACGGAUCACGUCUCUGCCGUGUCAUGAACGCUGUCGGCGAUUCAGAAGACGGCAUUCCGCAGAUCAAGUGUAGCAGGAACCAAUCUGCCUUCUUCUGUAUGGACAACAUUGGCAAGUUCCUGAAAACGGCGGAGGCUUACGGUGUGAAGAGGAAUGACCUUUUCCAGACAAGCGACCUGUACGAGGGAGUGAAGGGACCGUUUGUGAACGUUCUCACCAUGCUGCAUGCACUGGGCCUGGUCAGCAAGUCCAAGUAUUACCUACCAGAGUACUGCGGACGAGGAGCACUGGCCCAGGAGAACAAGAGAGGCUUCACGGAUGACGAGAUCCGUGCCCAGUCCGCCUCGGUCUUGCCCAAGCAGUCGGCUGCUUCGCACGGACUGGCAUCACAGGCUGGUAUGAGAGCACCUGGUACUGGUCGCCACAUCGCCGACUAAACACCCCGGGAACGCAGCAUGCCAUGAACUAUUGUACAAACACUAAUAAUCAAUCAGCGGCACCAACAAAUUCCGCUUGAGCAGAUGCAGUCUGAAAAGAUAAUGAAUGAGACUGAUUUAUUCUAGACCUGUGUGCAAGAUGGAAGAUGUACAGUCAUGUGACCUAUGUUCACGUACAUGUAUGUACAAACUGAUCGUAGAUUAGCUCUGAGACGCCAAGUACAUAGAAGUACUUAUCUACAUGUACAUGACAUUGUACAUGACUGUAUGGCUGGGAAUAGAAGUGAUUGAUUUCCUUUCAACCCAUCAUAUGACUAUGCUUCACACUGAAAAUAAUUAUAAUGAUUCAACAAGAAUACAAUGUACAUACAUACUAUUAUGAACAUUUUGCCGCGUGCAUUCUCUCUUCCCCCCCCCCCCCCCCCCUCUCUCACUGGUGCUGUGGCCUGGAACGCCACAAGUGCUGUACAGUUGUAUCCCACUUUACUUCGUAUGGAGGUGCAAGACGCAUAGACUGAUGUA